UGCAUGCAGCUGCAUGCAGCCAUUGUGUUCGUGUGCGAGCAGGCAGCUCACAUACGCUUCGCAUAACUUGAAUCACGUGCCAGCAAUUGUUAGUUGCUGUGAAAAUUGUUUAUUUACUACAUCCGAGAAGAAUGGUUAGGUGGAGUGCGUUGUGUUGGAAAUUGCACCGUAACCUGCCAAGCCGCAUUGUGGACGCAGUCAUAAGAAAUCUUCAUUAUGAACAGGGCCAGGCUACGAAAGAGUAUACGAGGGAGUACUUCUAUUUUAUUGAUCAUCAAGGAAUGCUCUUUCUAGACGAUUCCAGAAUGAAGAAUUUCACGUCAUGCUUCAAAGAAAAAAAAUUCCUGGAGUUCUUCUUUCGCCGGCUGCGGUAUAAUGACACUGGGAAGUAUGAAGCAGAGUUUCCAUUCAUCUCGCCUUGUGGACGGGAGAUGAAUUUUGUCCGCUGUGAUGACCUGCCCUUCGUCUUCACGCACAUAGUACAAUUGCCCGAAGAAAGUAAAGAGCCAGGUUCAAAAGGUUUCCUCCUACACAAUCACGCAGGCAAUCUGCUAAAGGUUGAGUUUACACCACAGCACCUCUGCAUGCCUGCUGGCACAGGCAGGGUCUAUCACCCAGCACCUGAAAGGGCAGGUGGAGUUGGGCUGAUACGUUCACUUCUGGCUAUUGAGCUUAGCAAACAUUUUACCUUUGUCAAUGACAGUGAAAAGUCUCCACCUACUCACUUUGACUGGGAUGGUACUCGCUACGAGCUAUCAAAUAGUCUUCUGCCUGUCAUAAGCAAGGUGUCAAGUUGGAAUGGCACAGAUUGAUGAAAGAGUGUGACAACAAAUACAGCUUAAGAGACAGUAACAAAACAGGAUCAGUAGCAGUGCAUGAUUGUUACAUGAAGACAACUUCCAUGUCAACAACUUGUGCCACUGAAUUUCUGCACUGGGUCUUGCUGUGAAUAAUAAAGUUUGAUUGUUUAGAAAA